CGCGGCCGAGGGGCGGGGCGGCCGGGAGGAACCGUGUCCAGGGGCGGGAGGGAGAUCCGCCGCGGAGUGACGGGAAAGUUGGUCCGAGUUCUCGGGAGUUUCCCGGUGUGCUCCCCCGCGUUCGGCCGGCGGCUCCCAGGCUGCUUUCCUCUCUGCCGCCCUCCCGGUCCACUCGGCCCCUCUUUCUGCCGCCGGCCGCCAUGGAGCAGCCGCCGGCGCCCAAGAGUAAGCUAAAAAAGCUGAGUGAAGACAGUUUGACUAAGCAACCUGAGGAGGUUUUCGAUGUAUUGGAGAAGCUUGGAGAAGGGUCUUAUGGAAGUGUUUUUAAAGCUAUACAUAAGGAAUCUGGUCAAGUUGUUGCAAUUAAGCAAGUACCUGUUGAGUCAGAUCUUCAGGAAAUAAUUAAAGAAAUUUCCAUAAUGCAGCAAUGUGACAGUCCCUACGUGGUGAAGUACUAUGGCAGCUACUUCAAGAACACAGACCUGUGGAUCGUCAUGGAGUACUGUGGAGCUGGCUCUGUCUCGGACAUCAUUCGGUUACGGAACAAGACGUUGACAGAAGAUGAAAUUGCAACUAUUCUAAAAUCUACAUUGAAAGGAUUAGAAUAUUUGCAUUUUAUGAGGAAAAUACACAGAGAUAUAAAAGCUGGGAAUAUUCUCCUCAAUACAGAAGGACAUGCAAAGCUUGCAGAUUUUGGAGUGGCUGGCCAAUUAACAGACACAAUGGCCAAACGCAAUACUGUGAUAGGAACCCCAUUUUGGAUGGCUCCUGAGGUAAUUCAAGAAAUAGGUUACAACUGUGUGGCUGACAUCUGGUCCCUUGGCAUCACUUCUAUAGAGAUGGCGGAAGGGAAACCCCCUUAUGCUGACAUACAUCCAAUGAGGGCUAUUUUUAUGAUUCCCACCAACCCGCCACCAACAUUCAGGAAGCCUGAGCUCUGGUCUGACGACUUCACCGAUUUUGUUAAGAAGUGCUUAGUGAAGAGUCCUGAGCAGAGAGCCACGGCAACGCAGCUGUUACAGCAUCAUUUUAUCAAGAAUGCAAAGCCUGUGUCAAUACUGAGGGACCUGAUCACGGAAGCCAUGGAAAUCAAAGCCAAAAGGCACCAGGAGCAGCAGCGGGAGCUGGAAGAGGAGGAAGAAAAUUCGGAUGAAGAUGAGCUGGACUCUCACACUAUGGUAAAGACUGGUUCAGAAAGUGUGGGCACAAUGCGGGCCACCAGCACAAUGAGUGAAGGGGCCCAGACAAUGAUUGAGCACAACAGCACGAUGCUAGAAUCAGACCUGGGGACCAUGGUUAUAAACAGUGAGGAUGAGGAUGAAGAAGAUGGAACCAUGAAAAGAAAUGCCACAUCGCCCCAAGUACAAAGACCGUCUUUCAUGGACUACUUUGAUAAGCAGGACUUCAAGAACAAGAGUCAUGAAAAUUGUAAUCAGAGUGUGCGUGAGCCCUGCCCUGUGUCCCCGAGGGCUUUUCCUGAUGACUGGAGAGUCCCUCAAGAUGGAGAUUUUGACUUUUUAAAAAACCUAAGUUUGGAGGAACUACAGAUGCGGCUGAAAGCCCUGGACCCCAUGAUGGAGCAGGAGAUUGAAGAACUGCACCAAAGAUACAGUGCGAAGAGGCAGCCCAUCCUAGACGCCAUGGACGCGAAGAAGAGGCGGCAGCAGAACUUCUGAUCCACCCAUCAGUGUGAGCGGAGACCAAGCAGCCCCAGAACUGAAGGAUUGUACUACUUUUCAAUCCCUAAAUGUAUGUUCUACAGUUUUGCAAAAGUCAAAAACUAAUGAUGGUACACACCUAGAUAAAUUCCCGAAGGCAAACUA